ACGACGGCGGGAGGGGUGCAACGAAUAAAUUUGUUUCCCCUGUCAGGAGUGUGCCUGUGGGCGUGGUUACGUCGCCGCAGAACGAGAUGUUUUGACACCUUUCGCCUUCCCCCCCAGAAAAAACGCACAACAGCAGCAGCGCAUUAACAUCAGGAGACGGACUGAGGAAUGGCGAGCAAAGACAGUCCUGUAAAUUUGGAGUCGUGGCUCAAUGAGGCAACUGACCCAAACAAUGAAGAGGAAAGAUGGGACUGCAUCCAGGGAUUCUAUGAGCUCGUCAAUCAGGAAACCGAUGGCCCCCAAGUUGCCACUCGUCUUCUUGCACAUAAAAUCCAGUCUCCGCAAGAAAAACAAGCUCUGCAGGCUGUCACUGUUCUCGAGGCCUGUAUGAACAACUGCGGAAAAAGGUUCCACAGUGAGGCAGCAAAGUUUCGCUUUCUCAAUGAACUCAUCAAAAUCUUAUUGCCAAAGUACUUUGGUCAUUGGACUUCUCAGAAAGUGAAAGACCGAGUGACGGAAGUCCUCUACGGUUGGAGUGUGUGGCUUAAAGAUGAACCCAAGAUUCAGGAGGCCUACCACAUGCUGAAGAAACAAGGUGUAGUGACGAAAGACCCCAAACUGCCAGAUGUGGCUGGUGUUGCUCCUCCACCACAAAGAACUUCAGAUUCAGUUUUUGAUCAAGAGGACAAAACCAAGCUGUUAGCUAGACUUCUAAAAAGCAGCCGCCCUGAAGACUUGGAAACCGCUAACAGACUGAUUAAGAGCACCAUUAAAGAGGAGCAGGAGAAGGCAGAGCGGCUUUCAAAACGCGUUUCUACUCUGAACGAGGUGGAAAGAAGCACCAAGCAGCUCAGAGAACUACUGAAGCAAAACCCAGUCAGCGGGCCGUCGCUGCAGUCGAGCGAUGACCUGAAGGCUGUGUACGAGCGUUGUGACCGCCUACGGCCCAGCCUGUUCCGCCUGGCGAGCGAUACGAUGGACGAUGAUUCAGCUCUGGCACAGAUUCUGGAGGCAAAUGAUGAGCUAACGCUUGUAUUAAGUGCCUACAAAGACCGAGUAGAGAAACCGCAGUGUAACGGCAGAGGGAGUAAGAGUGAAGACGACACGGAGGAGAAAACUAAAGCUCCUGUUAGUCCAGUUAAGAGCUACCACCUCAUCGACCUGUCGGCACUGGAGUCUUCACAGACGCACAAAAGAGCUGAUUCACCUCCCCAAUUCAAAUCUUCUCCUCCCGCCUCCUAUCUGGACAGUACCUCCCAUUCCAUAGCUGACCAAGAGUUUACUGAACUCGAGGCUCCAAAAUCAUACUAUGAGGAACUAAUGCAGCUUAAUGGGGAAAUCCAAAUGAAUACUGGUUCCGUGCUGAGAGCCCGUGGCUGUGGAGGGAGCACGACAUCAUCAAAUGACUGGUCGCUUUCUCAAAGUCAGCAGGUUGCUGGAUCAGGCUCUGUGAUGACGCCACAGAAACCCGAUGAAGACGACCAGUGGAGACAAUUUAAGUCCAGUCAGAUAGAACCAAUCACCGUGUACGAUCAGUGCGGCAUCCAUAUCGCUCUACAUUUUGCCAAAGACUGUCCACCGGGACGGCCCAGUGUUGCCGUGAUGGUCAUCUCCACGGUCAACACCUCUGGCCUGGAAGUGAAACAUUUUUCUUUUCAAGCUGCAGUUCCCAAGACGAUGUCGGUGAAGCUGCAGCCUGCGUCCGCAACAACCCUCCCUCCUUACAACCCCCUCCUCCCACCUCCUGCCAUCUCCCAGGUCCUGCUGUUGGCAAACCCUCAGAAGCAUAAAGUGCGUCUACGUUACAAGCUGACACUGACACAUGGAAACCAACAGCUGAACGAAAUGGGAGAAAUCGGCAACUUCCCUGACUGGGCCUCCUUGGUCGGACUCUAACAACAUGUAGCGUGUCAGAAAUUGCAUCCAGGGAUUUUAGAAAUAAACUCUGCUCAACAAACAAGGUGACCAUACCUGCAAUAGCUCCUUGUGAGGUAAAUACAGAGUUAUUAUGUCAGCUAAAUGUGAUGGGAAAGGCAUUCAUUAAUGACAUCUUCUCAUUUUAAAUCUGAUUCUGGCUGGUCUGACGUGUCCUUUGACUCUUAUCUCUCAAAGCUUUAUGUCGUUUUAAAAAAACGGAGUGAAAUGAUCUGUCACUCAUCAAAAGGUCAAGCUCAGGUGAGUUUUUACGUGUACUGUACAGUUUGAUACACAGCUGUUGGUGAUGUUCACAUGAAAACGGGUGUUUGUUUUGGUGCGUUGUAAUGUUCAGAAUUCUAGAAGUGCCUUGUGAUGCUGUUUGUUUUUGUUUAAAUGCGUAUUUAUUUUAAUAAUUUGUUCCACCAAAAGGUUCACCAGGUUGAUACGAAUGCAUGUUCUGAUGAUGAAGGUUGUUUGAUUGGCAGAUAUUUUACUCAUGUCAGAUUAUUUAUAUAAAUUUGUUAGUGGUUUGUAGAUUUGAGGCAGUUUUAGUAGUAGGUGACAUCAGAUUGGUUCUGUUUGGUUUUCGUUCUCUUGCUGUUAACGUCAUAUGACCAGACCAGUGUUUGCUAUACUGUGAAACUUCAGGUUUGAGCCCAAUGCAAAACAUCAUGGUAUCCAUAUGUCUACUCAGUUACUGCUGUUAAAUUUACACAAGUUUAAAUACAGCUGCAUUUAAUAUUU